UUAUUUCCUGGUGUAAAAGGCUUGACAAUUGCUUCUACAUGCGGGGUUGUUUCAUUUAGCUGCCGAUCUAUUCCAGCAGUUCAAAGCCCCUGCUUCUUGCAGUCGGGAGAUUGGGUCGCUGCGCCACCUAGCACGAUCAUCGCGACAGUAUCGAACUCAGUCUGGGGGAAGGGGUAGUUUCCAUCACCAAACAUGUUUUUAAAUAUAUAAAGCUGGCAUUGUACGCUGUUUAUGAAAAUAAAAUCAUCAGUCGUUUGUACAUCACGCAUUGGGAAUUAACUUUAUUUUCCUCGCGUGUAGAAAAAGCAAGCGCACGCACAGCUUCAGAAGAAGCAGUCUGUCCAGGAAGUGACAAACCUACUUCCCUUCAUUUCAGCCGAUUGGCAGUAAUGAGUGGACAGCUCCGCGGCAGGAAGGCGGGCAGCGGAGGGGAACGGGCCAGCGGACACUUGGCUGGAGUUAGAAGGUAAACCUGCGGACCCUGGAUCCCACCAACGCGGGCUGCCCUCCCUGGAAUUCAGAAAAAAAGUUGGACAAAUACUAAAAGACGUCAGAUGAGAAGGAGGAGAUGCCAGCACUGGGUAAGUUAUGAAGAGCCCUGCCGUGGUACCCAGCUAGAUAGAUCUCACUCUCUUUUGAAGAAGAUGUGUCCUAGAAUGGCAACCACCGCCUACUGCCCUCAAUGUAAUGGACCCAGAGAAGUGACUAUGUUACCAUGGUGACUCUGUUAAUGCAAGGUCUGGGAAACGAGGACUUGGAUUAUGGUAUACAUCACAUUUUCAACACAGAACUGCGCAGUCCAAAGAAGAUGAGUAAAGGGCCCACUCUCCUCUCGUGUGGAAUUAUGGAGGGUGAUCGGUGGAAAGACCUCAACAGGAAGUGUCAAAUUGACCUUGAGCAAACUACCAGUAAUCUGGAUCCACCUUGGACUUGUUUGACUGGCUCAGAUGAGUAUCAGGAGAAUGCAGUCUGGCCAAGUGAUGCAAGUACAACGUCUGCUGUGACCAGUUUGAUCAAAGACCUCAGCCUCAGUGACUGUAGCAGCAACCCAUCGGCACCCCCCAGCAAGAGGCAGUGCAGGUCGCUCUCAUUUUCAGAUGAGCUCUCCAGCUGUCGAUCCCCCUGGAAACCUAGUGGGUCAAAGGUGUGGACUCCAGUAGACAAACGGCGCUGCCACAGUGGGAGCAGCGUGCAACAUUUUUCGAACGGGGUGUCUACAAUGCAGAGGAGUUCCAGUUUUAGUCUGCCUUCAAGAUCCAACGUCUUAUCUUUUCCAUGGGAACCCUUGGCAACCAGCAAGAGGUCAGCGUGCCCUCGGGGUCAGGGCUUCUGGACCCCGCCCGCUUGUGGAAGGCUUGAGGAUGACUUGCACCCCGAUUCCAGUUUGGGCGUGGCAUCCAGGGUCGAUCUGCUGCGGCCCCUUUCCGCGUCUCACGAGCAGAUAUCUGUGCUGGAGCACGGCAAGCCGUCCACUAAUGCAGCAACUGCCCCAGUCUCAGACCACGCGCAGCAGGCCAGCCGCCUACUCCGAUGCAGGUCCCAGCCGUGCGUCCACAACGAUCAGAAAGUUGGGAUGAAGCGUCGGCGCCCGGAAGAACAAAGGCCGUCCCUUGACCUUGCCAAGAUGUCUCAGAUGAGGAAUCUCAUUGGCGAGAAAGGGAACAGUUUUGCCACAUUGGAUACCCCUGAAUCACUCCACAGUCAGAACCUCAGGAACUUUCACAGCCCCAACUCUGCGGGCAGCCCCGGCAAUGACAGCUGCCUGUGGGAGCCGAACGCAAGUAACGGAAAGACGUGGACACCUUGCCUUUACGACUCUUCCCCCCAGCCGGGCGCCACCCCCACCUGCAGUCCCGAACCACGGCAGCAUGGCGACUUAGAGAAGCCCUCCACCAGCAACGGGGAAACCAGCAGCAAGGAAAUGCAAGCGUUUGGAACUGGGAAGCAAAGCUGUGAGAGAGGCGAGAAUGAUAAAGACUCGUGGAGGAGUGGGGAGGUGGCACAGGAUGUAUUUCAGCUGGAUGGUGAAUUGGACAUUGAGCAAAUAGAAAACAACUAGGCUAUCAGGUUCUAGAGUGCUUGAGCAGGUCAUCUAUACAGUUUGGUGCAUUUUUUUAAAAUAUUUUGAAUGGUGCUCCAAAGCACUCUGUGAAAGGUUCAUCCUUACCUAGACGUCCAUACCUAUGUGUUGAAUGUGCCAGUGGAAAAUCAGGCGGUCACGGUUUAAUGGGGCAAACACAAUGAGGAUGGGAGGUGAUAGCUAGUGAACAAUGUACAAAAGUUAAAAUUGCCCGUGUCCUGAAGGUUAAAGUUGUGCUUAAGAGGGUCACACUGUACAUGUUUUUUAAUACAAGCUUUAUCAUAGUUUUAUAUAUAUAUAUAUAUAUAUAUAAUAUAUAUAUAUAUAUAUAUAUAUAUCAGCUGUUUCAAUGCAGUGUGGAUGACAUUUAUAAAUCCGAACUAGUAGGUGACACUUCCCCACCCACACCAUACCAGCUCCAGUAAAUGAGUGUCUAACAGAGAUGCCAACUUGCCAACCACAAACUGCGAUCUCAAUGGAUUCAUGUCACAAGUGCAAUCUGUCAUCUGCUGCAUACUUGCUUACUAUUGUUUGAUUUGUACUUUAUUUUAUCUAUACCUAUCGUUUUUUAAAAACAUUUUUUUAACCGUGUUUAUUUUGCAUAUUUCCAUUUUCCUCUCGCACACAAACUUUAGUUAUCCUUACCUCUGCCACAGCACGUUGAAGCAAAGCUGCUCUGGUUGUGACUGCUGGCAAAACUCUGGCUUGUUUGUACUACUGAUGCCUUCACUCCUUUGCUGCAGAUUUUGUUUUCUCCCAGAAUGGAGUAAUGAGCAAAAUGUAGGGCUCCUCGCAUUAUGAUUGCAUUUGGGAUGCAGCGGCUAGCCUCGUUCAGGGAGUCAACUCAGGCACAAUGCCGCCUUUUGUACUGACAGUUUCCAUAGAGCCACUGGUAUCUCUACUAUCGAUAGGCUCUCCGCCAAAUGACUGAUGUCUGAACUAGAAACAUAGAAAAUAGGUGCAGGAGGAGGCCAUUCGGCCCCUCGAGUCUGCACCGCCAUUCAUUGUGAUCAUGGUUGAUCAUCCACAAUCAGUAAUCCGUGCCAGCCUUCUCCCCAUAUCCCAUGAUUCCGCUAGUCCCUAGAGCUGUAUCUAACUAUCUUUUUAAUUCAUCCAGUGAAUUGGCCUCCACUGCCUUCUGUGGCAGAGAAUUCCACAAAUUCCCAACUCUCUGGGUGAAAAUUGUUUUCUCAUCUCAGUUUUAAAUGGCCUUUCCUUUAUUCUGGGAGGUGGUGACAACUUAUGACAAUAAGGAGAGAGGAGAAGCAGAGUAUUAAUUGAGUAUUAAUGCAAUUAGUAUGAUUCAAAAAUAUCAUAUUGAGUUGGAGCUACAAAUAAGAGUUCUCAUAUAAAUGUACACGUUAAAAAUGUACAACUUAUGGGAAUUGCCCAGAUAUCCUGCCAAAAUCAGGAAAGUUGGCAUCACUGCAUUUGGACAUCCACAUUUCUGGUUGUGUCUACUGUAGGCUCAGGGUGUCCAUUAUGGACUUGUAUUAUGAACAUUUUUAAAAACCCACUCGCCAUUGUUAAUUUAUAUUAAAAUAGUUCUACACAAGACCAACGUGUUUUUUACUGCAAGGAUUAUUUUCUAUCACUGACAUUUAACUUACUAUCUCCAAUCCCAUCCUUUGUGAUCAUCUUAAAUGGAAACUAGUUUUAUUGAAUAUUAAAGAUAAAACCAGUGCUUUCGUUUUCAGAUAAGGCUGAACACAAUAAAAGUGGAAGGAAUGAGGCAGGGUGUGGAGAGCUUGCACUUUUGUAAGUGUGACUUUCUUGAGGUAUUGCGUUCCCUGGAAUAACAGGAAUUCCAGGAAAAGCAGCUUGUGGAAGUAUUUUAAACCUUUAUUUUAAAUGUAGACCAAGCAAUAUUUACGCCUAUACAGUACUACCUGCAUGUGCUAAAGGAAUCUGAUGGGAGCACAAAGAAGUGUUUUACGUUAAUACCUUGCAAAUCAUGAAAUCCUUUCAAAUACAUGAUGACUCAUUCCGCCACAAAAUCCAGUGGCUGAAUGCAUUUUUCAGACCAUUAGUAGCACAACAAUAAUGUAACACACAGCGUAACCUAUUUGCCUUACUUCUAAAGCUUACACAGUUAAUGCCACAGUUAUAUGUGGCAAGUCUGGGCAUUUUAAACAAUGAAAUGUAUGCUAGCAAAUCUGGGUGCAUAUUCUGUAUAAAAGACUGCUUACAUACAGCGAAAACAUGGGCUACAGUUGCUGAAAUGAAUUGGAGAACACUACUGCAUUUCAGAAUGUUUGUAACGGUUUUUAACUUGAAGCAAGACAUUUUUGAAGUCUGAAGACGUGUUCUUAAUCGGUAAUCAGUAAACCUGAUUGUUAUAAAGUGUGUCUUCAGCAAAACUGUAUCACUUCCUGCUGUUUUACAUAGGCUGUUCUCAACUUCCAAUAAAAAAAACCUGAAGUACAAA